AUGGUCCGGAGCGUGGCGAUCGUCGGCGCGGGCUCCAGCGGGCUGUGCGCCAUCAAGUGCUGUCUGGAGGAGGGGCUGGAGCCCACCUGCUUCGAGCAAAGUGUCCAUCGGUCACUGUUUGCACCUUUGGCACAGGAAGCCGGGAGGAUCAGCGUCUACCGAUCUGUGAUCACCAACACCUCCAAGGAGAUGAUGUGCUUCAGCGACUUCCCCUUCCCGGAGGAUUACCCCAACUACAUGACCCACGCCAGGCUCCUGGAGUAUUUCAGGCUGUAUGCCGACAACUUUGACCUUCUCCGGCACAUCCGCUUCCAGACCACAGUACGUAGUGUCAGGAAACAGCCAGACUUCUCCACCACCGGCCAGUGGACCGUCGUCACCGAGACCGGUGGGCGGACCGAGUCGGCCAUUUUUGACGCUGUUCUGGUGUGCAGUGGCCACUAUGCAGAGCCCCAUUUGCCGCUGGAGUCUUUCCCUGGUAUAGAAACCCGCUUUCAAGGCCAGUACCUGCACAGCUGGGAGUACAAAGACCCCGCCCGUUUCCGCGGGAAGCGAGUCCUUGUGCUUGGCGUUGGGAACUCCGGAGGAGAUAUCGCCGUGGAGAUCAGCCGGGUGGCUGCGCAGGUGUUCCUCAGCACCCGAAGUGGCACCUGGGUGAUUAGUCGUAUCUCAGACCAUGGCUUCCCUCUUGACAUGAUGCUCACCACUCGUUUCCACGCCUGUCUCGAAGGGCUCUUCCCAUCAGCCAUCAUGGGACGGCUAAAACUGAAGAAGUUCAACACAUGGUUUGACCAUGCGAAUUACGGUUUGAUUCCUCAGAAAAGCCCGAUCCUGAGCUUAAUCGUGAACGACGAGCUGCCCAGCUGCAUCCUCUGCGGCGCCGUUGUGGUAAAACCGGACGUGGAGGCGUUCACGGAGAGCGCCGCCAUCUUUGAAGACGGGACCAUGGAAGAGAACAUCGACGUGGUGGUCUUUGCCACCGGGUACACCUUCUCCUUUCCUUUCCUGGAGGAGUCUGUCCGCGACGCUUGCAGGAGCAAGUACACCCUUUACAAAGCCGUCUUCCCGCCCCCGCUGGAGAAACCGACGCUGGCCGUCCUUGGCCUCAUCGAGCUCACGGGCUCCAUCAUGGCCGGGACGGAACUCCAGGCUCGCUGGGCCACAAGUGUCUUUAAAGGGCUCAAUCCGCUCCCUCCUGCCGGCCAGCUGGUGGCUGAAGUUGCCAAGAAGCAGCAGCUUCUAAUUAAACAGGGUCUUGCCCACAAGGAGAGCAAAAUCAAGAUGAGUUACCUUGGCUACAUGGAUGAAAUCGCAUCGUGUGUCGGUGUAAAACCCAAUGUGCUGCUGCUAUUCCUGACGGAUCCCAAGCUGGCCUGGGAAGUUUUCUUUGGCCCAUGUACCCCCUGCCAGUAUCGCCUGACUGGACGAGGACAAUGGGCUGGAGCCAGAAACACCAUCCUGACCCAGUGGCACCGGGCCCUGAAGCCCUUGAGAACUCGAGUCGUAACCGUUCUUGGCCUGCCUGUACUCCUUUGUGCUGGUUUAGUUCUAUGUGACAAAGUAGGUUUAGGGGCUAUUCCCAGGUGGAAAAUGGGCUUUAUGAAAGGAGGCUUCCAAGCAGCUUUUGUAGGUUCUAAGCUCUGCCGCUAG